AUUUACAAAAUGCCUCCCAUAUUCCAACAAUUCAAAACCAUUUUAUGGCAAAACAUUUACUUGAAAUCCAAAUUCAAAUGUCCAACCAUACCCACAACUUGCCGCUCUUUCCUUGUUUACAUUCACUAUCUUCACAUCCCACAUAACCGAAAUCCUGGAGAGUCCAAGUCCCCAUUCAAAGCAUUUCACUUUGUUCAUUCGGUUGCUAAUUCCCUUUCACUAACUGCACCCCAAAAUGAACCUGCCAAUGAACUAGCAAUCCAAGUCCAAAACAUCUUCGAGAAUUACAGAGACAGCCCCACAAGGAAGAUUGAGCUUGCUCUCAAUCAUUGCUGCCUCACAUUGACAGAAGAUCUAAUCUUGAACAUACUGAGGAGGCACCGAUCUGAUUGGAAACCAGCUUUUAUAUUUUUCAACUGGGUUUCUAAAGGUGGCCAAAUUAUUUUGGGUUCUGGUGUUUAUAAUGAGAUUCUUGACAUUCUUGGAAAAAUGAGGCGGUUUGGGGAAUUGAACCAAGUGCUUGAUGAAAUGUCCAACAGAGGGGGACUUGUCAAUGAGGAAACAUAUAGAGUUCUGGUUAAUAGAUUUGCAGCUGCACAUAAGGUGGAAGAGGCAAUUGAGGUUUUCAAUAAGAGGAGAGACUUAGGGCUAGAGCUUGAUUUGGUUGCAUUCCAGAAACUUUUGAUGUGUUUAUGUAGGUACAAGCAUGUAGAAGUUGCAGAAACUUUGUUUUAUUCUAAGGGAAAUGAUUUUGGCAUGGAUAUAAAGACGAUGAAUAUUGUUCUGAAUGGGUGGUGUGUGUUAGGAAAUGUGCAUGAGGCAAAGAGGUUUUGGAAAGAUAUAGUUAGCUCUAAAUGCAAGCCAGAUUUGUUUACAUAUGGAACUUUUAUUAAAGCAUUAACCAAGAAGGGAAAGUUAGGCAAAGCAAUGAAACUCUAUCGAGCAAUGUGGGAGAAACAUUGCAAGCCAGAUGUGGUGAUAUGCAAUUGUAUUAUUGACGCAUUGUGUUUCAAGAAGAGGAUUCCAGAGGCCUUGGAGGUUUUCAGGGAAAUGAGUGAACAGGGUUGUUUACCAAAUGUGGCUACCUACAACUCGCUUAUCAAGCAUUUGUGCAAAAUUCAGAGGAUGGAGAAGGUUUACGAGCUUUUGGAUGAAAUGCAGGACAAGAAGGGGAGCUGCAUGCCAAAUGAUAUAACUUUCAAUUUCUUGCUCCAGGCAUUGAAGAAGCCAGAGCAACUUCCUUGGGUUUUAGAAAGGAUGGAGAGGAAUGGAUGCAAGAUCAAUGGUGACACAUAUAACUUGAUCUUGAAAUUGUAUGUGGCUUGGGAUUGUGAGGAAAGAAUAAUAGGUACUUGGAAUGAGAUGGAGAAAUAUGGUUUGGGACCUGAUCGACGAUCCUAUACCAUUAUUAUCCAUUGGCUCCAUCACAAGGGAAGAAUUAAGGAUGCUUUGCAUUACUUUUGGGAGAUGAAAUCUAAGGGAAUGGUUCCAGAGCCAAGGACUGAGAUGUUGGUCAAUGCAAUGAGUAUGAAGUCGAAAGAAAAUGAUGCUGAACAAGAGGAAAAAGGUGCAAUAAAUAGUAAAAAAUCAUCAAGUUCUAUGCGCAAAAGGAUAAGGAAGAUUAGAGCAGGAUGAUGAAGUUAUAUAAAUGGUGCUGCAGUUUUCAUGAAUUCUAUGAGAGGUUUUGGCCAUAAGUUUCGUUCAUUCACUACUUCUGCUUCAACUCCAUCAUAUUCAUUUCCAUGGAUCUCUCCUCUUCAAUUUUCAAA